AUGACCAUGCAUCUCGUUCAGCUUCUAGUAGCUGCCUCGAUAAUCGCUGCGACCACGGCAGUUCCUCUCCUGAAUCAAGAGAUCAUCACCGAGACUCAACACAGGGCGUGCGUUUACGGAGUCCCCAAAAAAUAUGACCACUGGACCAUUCACUAUCACGAGGUGCAGCCGCCAUCCCAGUUCCCGAUGCGGUUUGUUCUCGAUCCAGCAUGGGUAGCGCGCCACCAAACCGUCGGAGAUGCAGACCAUUUCUCUUUGGGCGCUGAUUGGGUCCCGUGGGCUGAAAACAGGUGCCAGUAUACCUGCAACGCGAGAAAGAAAUGCGUCUCUUGGGUUGGGUAUCAAACUAAGCACUCGACACCCAAAGAAGGAGAAUUUUCCUGCUAUUUCUUUGACGCCCUCAUUCAGCCCGAAAAUAUUGUGCCGCGCGCACCAGACGAGCCUUUUAAACUUACGCAUGCAUAUGACAGGCUCUGCGAGAAUGAUACCGAGAUCUAG